AUGUCCUGGCUCGAGAGGUCUGACUACUUCUACGGCGACCUAUGGCCGGAGAACAUCCUCCUAAGCGAAACCGAGCAGGUCAAGGUCUGCGACUUUGGGAGGGCUCGGACGCGGGUCGCCGGCCUAGCGUACGAGCAGUUCGACAUCGGCUCAUGUAUCUACACCAUCCCCACCGGGGAGGUGCCGUACGGCCAGCAGGAGACGCCCGAGCAGUUCAGAGAGAUGUACGACGCCCGCGUCCGGGGGAAGUUCCCGCCAACCGAAGACGACGGGGUCUUGGGACAUGUUGUAUCGUCUUGCUGGCACGCGCCCUACGACAGGAUGGAGGACAUGUGGAAGCAGCUAUCCAACGGGCCGUCGGCAUGUCGACUAGUUGAGAUCUCACCCCGGCAUUCCCUGACCUGGCUGUGUUAA